AAGAUUCCGAUUUGACCAAAUUAAUGACAUCUUGUUUCUAUUUUAAUUAAUUGGUUGCGGUUGUGUGGCAUCUUGUAGUGCAGUAGGCGUUUUGCAAUAAAAUAAUAAGUUGUGAGGUUGAUAUGGCAGAUGACCCCAAUGAAACACUGGAAACCUUACUUAACAAAGCCACAAGCACACUGAAUCGCCAAGAUGAUUGGGAAUACAUAAUGGCAUUUUGUGACAAAGUUAAUUUUGAGAUAGAAGGGGCACAAAAUGCAACACGGCUGAUUGCGCACAAAAUCCAAUCUCCACAAGAAUUAGAAGCACUACGUGCACUGACAGUGCUGGAAGCAUGUGUUAAAAAUUGUGGGGAGAUUUUUCAAAAAGAAUUAGGAAAAUACAGAUUUCUAAAUGAAAUGAUCAAAGUUGUUUCACCAAAGUAUUUAGGUGAUAAAACAUCAGAAAAAGUUCAAAAAAGGGUUUUGGUGAUGUUGUAUACAUGGAGCAUUGCACUAACUGAUCAAAUUAAAAUAAGAGAUGCAUACCAGAUGUUGAAAAAGCAAGGUAUUGUUACAACUGAUCCAGAAUAUGAUCAGUCAAUGGUUACUGAUAUUCCAGCUCCAAAAGAAAGCAGAGAUACUUUAUUUACUGAUGAGGAAAAAAGAAAACAGCUUGACAAACUUCUAAAAAGUACCCGGCCAGAAGACCUACAGGCAGCAAAUCGUUUGAUAAAGAGUGUGGUAAAAGAAGAUGAAGACAGAAUGGAAAAAAUGAAGAAACGAAAUGAAACACUUGAAGAAGUGACCAACAAUAUUCGUCUGCUUAAUGAGAUGCUCACACAUUUUGACCCAGAUGUGACAGCCAUCAGUGAUAUGCAAAUGAUGAAGGAACUGUAUGACAGCUGUCACAAACUGCGACCAACAUUAUUCCGCCUUGCAUCGGACACAGAUGAUGAUGAGGGUGCUCUCAUGGAGAUCCUGAGAGCAAAUGAUGACGUAACACGAGUCAUGCAAUCUUUCGAAAAGAUUGUUUCCCCAAAACUGACAUCGGUGACUGACAGGAAAGCAGACGGAGCAGCUGAGCCUGACAAACCACAACCUGAAGUAGAAAAAGAAAUCUCAUCCACUUUACUUGAUCUUGCAAAUUUAAAUUUUACCCCUACAACAUCAUCUAAUGAUUUACCAGCUACUGGUUCUACUUACUCGUCCAUGCUGCUAACCCCACCUCCUAAUUCAUUGCAAAGUAACAAUGAAACCUCCAUGGAUAACAUGCUCCUGGACUUCCAAUCUGCUCCCACAUCCACAUCUUCCGCUCCUCCUCCAACCACCAAUGAUGUCAACAGUUUAUUCUCGCUAAAUGAUCUCCUUCCCUCCAACCCACCCCCGCAACCCCCUACCCUUGCCCCUGUCAACCCAACACCCAUGAUCCCCAAACUUACUGCACCACCUCAACCACAGCAAAAACCUUCAGCAUUCUCGGACAUAGAUGCACUAAGUAGGGGUUUAAUGGAACAAACACUUGGACAUAAACUACAAAGUCAAUUUCCAAAACCUGCAGCAAAACCAACGCUUCAUCAACUUUCUCAAAAACCAGUUGCAGAUGUUCCUUCAUUAUUUGACAUACCCCAAUCUCAACCCCCUCAACCCACAACCAUUGCCCCACUUUUGCCGCUAAACCCCCCACCUACUUCCUUACCCACUAGUGAACCUCUCAUAGCAUCAAGCAACCCCCCACCCACUGUAAUGCCGACACAACCACCACAAACUCAAGAUAUGUCGCUAGCGGAUGUAUUUGUCGCAUUAGAAUCCAUCCGUCCAAGUACCUUUGCCCCACUCACGGUAUAUGAUAAGAAUGGUAUUCGCGUGAUGUUACACUUCGCAAAGGAUCACGCCUCACCUGUUAGAACUGACACACUUGUAGCUGUCGUGUCUAUAAUGAGCACACGAACCAACCCAGUCGAAAAUAUUGUCUUCCAGGCAGCAGUUCCUAAGGUAAUGCGUAUUAAGUUGCAACCCCCAUCAAACACUGAUCUAGCUGCGUUUAACCCAAUCUUAUCAAGUCCUCCUAUUACACAAGUCAUGAUCAUUGCCAAUCCUGCACAUAAAGACGUGAAGGUCCGUUUCAAACUAGAUUACAAAAUCGACGAUCAAACUUCGAUAUUUGAAACCGGUGAAAUAAAUAAUUUUCCUCCAGCGGAUCAGUGGGGCAAGUUAUAACCGUCACAAUAUGGUCAAAUAUAGUUCAUCCCUGCUGGUGGUAUACCAUGUACCUGCACUCGAAGUGUCAUGCUUACCACAAUGAACAUACACUUAAAUAUGUUGAAAGUUAUAAAUAUGGUAGCAUCAUAUAAUCGCCUGGUGCGGUUCAUAUCUCGAAUCAACAAUUACAAAAUUUGACGUCAUUGCGGACAAAUAUGACGUCACAAAUGCAAUUUGAUUGAUUUUUUCACGUUUGUUUUAUUGGUUCCAUUUAUUCAGAUACCGAAGCCGUGUUCAUUUUCAAAAUUUAUUCGGUUAAACGGUUCGUGAUUUCAUUAUACGUUUAAUAACGUUCCGUUAUACCAUGCGCUACAUGUUAUUACAUAGUUUUUGCUUAUGUGCAAUUAUAAUUGUCGAAUAAAAAGAAUAUUCUUA